AUCGAUUUAAUGGAGAAGCUCGAGCAAGAAGAACAAGCGGACAAGAUUGAAAUCGAAGAUAUUAACAUUUGUAGGAAGUCUAUGAACAAUUUUAUGGAUCUCCAAAAUUCAGGAAUGGGAAUGCUCAAAAGAAGCGUAUCUGUCGAUAGAUUCGAAAGACACGAAGAGUCUAAAGAAAGAUUAGAGUACAAAGGAAUUGACGAUACUAUCAGUGUUGCCGACACAAUAGGGAAACACAAUAACCUUGAUGAAUGUAUAGUAUGUAACUCAGAGGAGAGGUUUGUCCAUAACUCUCUCUGUAAACACUGCGGUAAUGCAAUCUGUAACGAAUGCUGGGAAGAAAUCCUUGGCAAAAGCCAAGAAUGCCCAAUGUGCAGAAGCCCUGUUACUAAAGAAGACAUUGUGGAGAAUAGGCUUUAUAAACAAAGAAUCGAGGAGAAGAAAGCUAGGAAUCAGUACUGUGAGAACCAUCCUAAACAGAUCUGUGGACUGUAUUGCUUUGACUGUGAGAAACCUAUCUGUAACAAGUGUAUUCCGAGAAAGAGGCAUAAGGAGCACAGAGUUUUCACUUAUAACAAAAAGACUAUCUCUAAGUACAACAAGAGAAUGAAAUUCGAACCUCAGUUAAGACAAUUGAGCACUGAAUUAAGUUCUUUCUAUGAUGCAAUUACUGAAAAAGAUGACUUUAAUUUUGAAUCUUUGAGAAAACUCCAGAACAGGUUCUCUAAGAAGAUCAGGUCCAAGCUUGAUGGCAAGAUCGAAUUCUAUGAAAACGCAUACCUGGAGUACUCUGAAAAUCUCCAAAGUAUGAAUAUUGACAGACACGAGUUAUCAAAGACUCUUCGAAGGAUGAAUAGGCUCAAGAACCCUUAUGAAAAUGAAGAUAUUGAGACUUCAGAACAAGUUUAUGAAGAAUGCAAGAGCAUUCUUACCCAAGCUCUUAAGAACAAACUUAUCAAGACCUAUAAGCAAUACCUAGACCACAAUGACAAAAAUCUAGGCCAAUCAGUUGAAGAAAGCUUGCAUGAUAUAUUCAUCAAGCACUAUAACAUUCCAAGUAUGGUCCUCAGUGCGAAGUACGACACUAUCAUGAAGUUCAUAAACUCCAAGCUUAACAAGGAAGCUAAUAAGAAGAUAAGGAAGUUCAUGCCCUCUAUUUAUUCAGAAGAGUCAGAAGAAGACGAAGAAGAAGACCAAGAGGAAGACCAUAAUGAAAACGAAGAUACGCAGGAAGAAGAACAUGAAGAAAAUGAAGAAGAUGAGCAAGAUGAUGAGUUCUUUGAAUGUUCAGCAGAUAUGUCGAAUGUUGAAGCAGAGAAGAAUAAUAAGGUCUAAAACAUUCAUUGGUUUCAGUAUCAC